CCAGCUGGCUCCACCACCACCCUGGCUUUCCCUGAGCUCUACUCCUCGCCCGGGCCCAUCAAGAGUGAGGCCAUGAAGACAGAGAAGGAUGAGGUUCUGCCUACCUUCUCCGUGGGCAGUAAAUACACUGGAGAUGGGGCAGGUUGCAGCGACCCGGCUCUGUCUGGGGGGCAGGUGCUGGUGGUGGGGAGCGGUGGAGGAGGAGGACAAGCGCAGGAUCUGCGGCUGCUGAAACGCCGGCCUGUCCCCGGAAAGCAUUACCAGUGCUCAAGCUAUGGCUGCAAACUGGCCUUCCACAGCAUGCAGGAGCUCAUGGAUCACUUGAAAGUCCACUACAGACCCACACAGUCCCUCGAGGGCAAAACCUUCCACUGCCCCACUCUGGGCUGCAGCGAGACCUUCCCCAGCAUGCAGGACCUCAUGACCCACAUGAAGGUGCACUACAAGCCAAACCGCUACUUCAAGGGCGAGAACUGCCUCAUGGUGUGGGAGCACACGCGGGGCCGCUACACGUGCACGCAGUGCCCCUACUCCACCGCCUCGCGGGACGAGAUGACGCUGCACAUCGAGGAGCACCGCAAGAACCCGCCGCCGCCCGGCCGCCUCGAGGGAGACAUGGAUUUCGGCGUGGGCAUCACCUCCUUCCACACAAAGCUGACGCCGGAGAUGGAGAACUCCCUGUACUCACAGCUCUGAUGCAGCCUGGUUCCUG